AUGCAGCCACAAUUUAAGCCUUCCCGAGCUGCUGCAAUCGAUGCAGAAGCAUGCUUCAAGCGGGCCAUAUACAAACUGCCGGGCAAUGUCAUGAAUAUAAACCUGAAAGCUUACUGGCCUGCGGUUGUCUCUUUCGGCCCUUACCACCAUGGCAAGGAACACCUGAAGCCCAUGGAGGAGCACAAGGCCCGUGACCUCCGCCAUUUCAUCAAGAGGUCGAAUGAGCCGUCUGACCAUGCUGCCAGGGCUGGAGCCACUGUAUGCGAGGUGCUGCCCAAUCUAAUGGCUUGUUACCACCUGCUUGAUCAGAAGGGGCAGAAUGACAAGGACGCAUUCCUGCAGAUUAUGAUCCUAGAUGGGUGUUUCAUACUGGAGAUCGACAUGCUGAAGCUCGAGAAUCAACUGCCGAUAUUGGUGCUGGAAAAGCUGGUUGCCGUUGAGAGAAAAACUGAUGUCUUGGAGAGAACACAAAGCAAUUUACGCGGAGAGCUCUGCAGCAACUGUGUCCUGACUAAAAACCGAAGAGAUGCAAGCUUUAGGUGGUGGAAUCCUUUUCGAGACUGGAAUUUCAGGAAAGGAUUCGAGUCUCUUUUUGCCUCGGUGCAGGAUGAAGAAGUUAUCAACAAGCUUAUACUCGAGUUUUGCUGUCCCCUCACAACGAUCGUGAAGAUGGGCGAAUGCCUGCACGUGCUGGAUGUCUUCUGGAAGAGGCUUGUGCAUAAGGGUCCAAGCCAUAAGACCAGCAAUCGAAAGUCGUAUAUGGCACAAGAUGGGUAUGAGAUAGUCCGGUCAGCUACAGACCUCAUCGAGGCAGGCAUCAAGUUCUAG